AAUAGUUUAAUAGUUACUUUAAUGUAAUGUUGUAUUUUAUUAGUUAAAAAAAAACAUCCUCUUCAUCUAAAUAAUUUCAAUUGAAUUUAUUGAAAAAUAUAAUUUUAGUUUCGAUACGAAGCUUAGAAGCACAAAAAUAUCACAGUCACUAUAUUAUUUUAUGAACUAAAUAGAUAAGAAAAAUACCAAGUUAAGAGAACCAUUAUUUGCUUAUAGUAAUUUAGUUUAUUGUGGCAUGCGAUUCUGUUGAACAUGAAUAUGGAGUCUAUUAGUACACCUAUAGAAUUUUUACAUUCAGCAAAUAAUAAUUUCUCUUUAUCAUUGUAUAGAGAAAUUCAAAAUACUAAUGGCAACCUAUUAUUUUCACCACUAAGUAUACAACUUGUAUUAUUUUUGGCAAGUCUUGGAACUAAUGGAAAAACUUAUGAAGAAAUAAGGAAUAUCACACAGAUACCCAUAGAAUGGUCUGAUUCACAAGUACUUCUUUCAUUUAAGAAUCUUCUGAAAUCAUUUGAGGAUUAUGAUCAACAAGUAAAAGUUGCUACUGGAAUAUUUGUUGAUAAUUCAUUUGAUUUGAAUUCAACUUUUGUUAAUAAUGCUAGAAACUACCUUUAUUCACCCAUUGAAAAAUUAAACUUCAAAAUUGAUCCUAUUAAAGUGAGAAAUUACUUGAACGAAUGGGGAAGCAAACUCACUGACGGUUUAAUAAAGGAGCUAUUCCCAGAUGGGAGCAUUAAUAUAGAUACUCGUUUUGUACUUGGCAAUGCAAUAUAUUUCAAUGAUUUAUGGCAAUCCAGAUUUUUUAUGAAAAUUGUUGUUAAGGAAGAGCUAUUUUAUAAUACAUUGACGGAUAAAGUUACUGUAAAAAUGUUGACAAGUGUCCAUGAUUUGAAUUUCUAUAAAGAUCCUAUACUUAAAUUUUCAAUGCUAGAAAUACCGUAUUUGAACGAUGAUUUUAAAGUACAAAUAUUUUUACCGGAUUUAAAAGAUGGUCUUGCAGAAUUAGAGUCCAAUUUACCUAAAAUUGUCGAUCUUCAAGAUAAGCUUACUGUUCAUAAUGUCGAAUUAACAUUACCGAAAUUUAAAAUAGAACAUUCUCUGGAGUUAAAAUCUAUACUAUUAAAAAUGGGUUGUACCAGUAUGUUUACAAAAUUAGCUGAUUUUUCACGAAUGGUAAAAUCAUCUUCAACUGAUGUACAUGUAACAAGUAUUUUGCAUAAAACAUGUGUUGAUUUUAAUGAAAACGGCACCACUGCUGUUGCAUUAUCUGGCUUUAUAUCAUCAUCGAAAUCCGUCGAAGAGAGAAAUUAUGAGCCACCCAAAGCCAUAUUUCAAGCAGAUCAUCCGUUUAUAUUUACAAUUGUUUAUGAUGAGAUCACAUUGUUUAUGGGACGGCUUAAACAUCUUUAAAAUUUAAUUUUAUAAUUAUUACUUAAUAAAGAACAAGUUUAAAUUGAAUUAUUUAAAAAUUGGCAUAACACAAUACUAUUAUAAUUCAUUUUUUCUAUGAAAAUAAAAAUAUACGAGUUCAAAUAUUUUUUUUAUAAAAUAAUUAUGUGGUUAUCAAAUUUUUGUUUUUUAAGAGACUAAUUUUGUUUAAUUUGAACUUUUUCUUUUAUUAACUUGUUAGAUAAUAUAUUUUACAUCAUUUGGUGUAUUAGUUUAUAAUUUAUUACUGUAAUAAUUGUAAUAGUAUGAAGAUUGAUUCUACAAAGCGUUCAAAUAUAAACUUCACCGGGUUUUUCAGUAAUAAUAUUGUGUAGUAUUUUUACCCAACCAUUUUUAUCGGGACACUAUACUUAAAUUGUUUCUCACGUUAAUUGAAUAAUUCAGUUCAUGUUGAAAAUCGAUAGCGAAAUAGUCAAUGAUGUGCGUUCAAAAUUGAGUUCACGUUUAAUACUGAUGAUUUUAUAUAAUCUGUUAUAUAUAGUAAUAAAAAACUUAGUUCAAAUUUGAAGAAUAAUACCAAUAAAUAAAAAAAUAUUUCAUUUAAAAUCGACAAUGGCAGAUGUAGUUUUUAAUGUUAGUACAUUGAGUACUGCUAUUAACGAAUUUUCAUUUUCGUUAUAUGGA